UGUUUCUGUGUUGAUUUGGACCAUACAUAUAUGGCGUAUGUGAGCGUCAGUGGAGACUUCUGCCAGGCACAGCACCUCGCCUUCGUGGACAAGUGAAUCGUCCGCUCCCCUCGGGACUACGCUACCCAGAAGCCCCCCUGAAGCCAGCACACUGGGAACCCCUGUCUCCUCCAACGUCCCCUGGGAUAUCGCGUAGUCCAAGGCCAAAUUGCCCAGCUCUGUCCCCUGAGCGGCCAAUAAGAAAACUGCCUAGUUCUCCUCUACUUCCUGCUUUCUCUCCCAGAAGCCAAUCACAUACCACUCUCCUGAAUGGGGUAAAAUCUGAAUGUCCGAUUGGAUGACUGGUGGAUAGUCUCUGCAUUAGUUUUUGUUUUUGUUUAUUUAUUUUUAAAAUAUUUUUUACACCCACUGUGGAGCCUUGUGGACUAGAUCAUCCAGUUUUUAGUUUAUCCCUCUUUUUAUCUAAACCUUCCUGUAGCCAUCCACACGUGUUACCCACACCAUCCUCCACAUCUUCCCUUCGUUGUCGUGUUUUUAUUUAUUUUUUGAACCUACAGAAUUCUACAAGUCCCUGCUGACAUCUGAGCCAAAAGUAGUCAUCCUUCUUGUAAGAGAGAUUCUAAGUAUUUAAUUGUAACUGUUUUCAAAGCCGUCUCGCCAACAUGAACCGCCCUGCAGCAGUGGAGAUUACCUACGAGGGCAUGAGGUUCCUCAUCACACACAACCCCACCAACGCAACGCUCAACAAGUUCACUGAGGAGCUGAAGAAGUUUGAGGUGAACACGCUGGUGAGAGUGUGUGACGCCACCUACGACAAGGCCCCAGUGGAGAAGGAGGGGAUUGAAGUUAUGGACUGGCCCUUUGAUGAUGGUGCCCCGCCCCCCACCAAGAUAGUGGACGACUGGUUGAACCUGCUUAAGACCAAGUUCAGAAGCGAGCCUGGCUGCUGUAUUGCUGUGCACUGUGUGGCGGGGCUGGGCCGAGCUCCAGUCCUGGUGGCCUUAGCGCUGAUUGAAACUGGGAUGAAGUAUGAGGAUGCGGUGCAGUUCAUACGACAGAAGAGACGUGGCGCGUUCAACUCCAAGCAGCUUCUUUACCUGGAGAAAUACAGACCCAAGAUGCGUCUGCGGUUCAAAGAUGCCAACGGCCCCAACUGUUGCGUCCAGUAAAGUGUCUGUGUGCAGCGUCUCAAGAAAACAGCAGCUAGUGGGAACAACAUUAUUCCAACCAAGGGGAGAGAGAACUAUCAGUAAUUAUUGUGAUUUGUUAACACUGAGACAUGGCUAAUUGAUCACAGAAUCAAUUAAUCAACGAGCGAAUGAUUACAUUUGAAUGAAUGCAAAUCCAGGGGUUCAACCAGCCGAACCAAUGAACAAGAAGGUCAACGCACACAGAUAUAGGCCCGCCUCCAAGUUACCAGUGUCCUAUCACGGGCACAUAAUUUUUUCAACAUUUUUAUUUUCCGCUUUGAAUCAUGGGAUAGCUCUUUAUUUUUUUUUUACACCUACAUGAAAGUUUAACAAACAAAAUCUACAAAUGUUAAAAUGGUAUCAAUAUUGAUGAUUUGUUUAUUUUUCUAUUAAUGAUGAAUUAUGGAUUUGCCCAGGGGUUAUGUACCUUUUUUUUAUGUUUGUAAACCCUUCACCACAUUAGAAGAAAAAGGAAAAAUUACUGUCCAUUUGGCUAUUGAUGUAUUUUUGUACAACACAAAAUCUCUGAAAAGUUCCACUGAAAAUGCAGUAAUGUUUUUCUCUCUACCCCACUUGCUUGAAGUCACUUUUUAAUUACUGGGUUGGCUGGGUUUUUAAAUAUGUCCGCUGUAUUUAUUCACUGGCUGUAACUAGCAAGGCAGUCUGGGGUUGGGGGCAAGGACACUUUUCUGUUUCUCAUUUUAUUCUAGAGACAUGUUUUCAUUUUCUUUCAAAAAAAUUACACAAUCUUGCGGCAGUGCAAUAUUCAGUCCACCUCGGAAAAGACCCCAAACCCCCUUGUGACCAUCAGACACAGAGCCAGUUUCACAGGAAGACACUUGGCUAGUCUUACUGUAGGUACUUUUUUCCAUUCACCAAGGCUGCUUACUGGGUUUACAAUAGGACUUUCCUACAAUGACUGUGCAUGCACACACACAAUGAUCUUAACUGUUAAUCCCUAGUCUCACUCUGAAGGAACAGAGGUGGAAAAGAAAGCAAAUGGUCAGUGUCUUUUUUAUCAUCUUACCCAUUUUGAAGAUAUCCUCAAUUCCUAUUGGUUAUAAAAAAGAAAUAAAGAAAUGGAAAUAAGA